GGCUGCUUGAGUCCAUGAAUUGAUCGGUGCAGCUUCAAUCCGUUCGGCAGAUCCUCAGCAUCAACAAAUCCAAGUGGUUACUUGUGGCAGAUAUUACCGUCGAUAUUACCAAAAAGAAAUCGCUGUUGUCAAAUCCAUUUGAUGAUUGUUGAACCACUUUGCUGCAAGAAGAGCAAGAAGCCUUUUAACAAGUCCAUAUCUAAUCACUGCGCUAAAUGUGUUAGUAUAUUCAAUACAUUCAGCAUGACAAAAACCUUCAGCAUCAACUCUAGAUUUGGCCAAAUCAACGGGUUUUGCCGGUUGCAUUGUGCACUGCUAUCGAAAUCCAACACUUUUUUUUUCACAUGGACGAUCAACCGACAUGUAAGUAUUGCUCUAAACCAAUUCCUCACGCUUUUAUCGACAAGCCUGUUUGGCGAUUGAGUUUGCGGGAGUUGGAUCGACUGAAGUUGCUGUAAUAAGGGCACCGGCCAAGUUUUCAG